UCUUGUACAUUUAACAUAAUUGUGGCUUUCAAAUGUGAGUCUGGCUCAGGGCGACCUUUUGCUCACUUGGUAGAGUGUGCACCCCAUAUAGGCUGAGUCCUCUGCAGCGGCCUGGUUUUGAUUCAGACUUGCAGGCCUUUGGUUCGGGUCUCCCACCAUUUAUGUAUUUUUAAAAUGGUAUUUGAUAGCAGGGAGCAAUGGGUACACAGCAGAGGUCACUGACUUGGUCAUGGAGCCUUAGCAGAUCUGCUUUUGUUGUAACUAGUCCCGAUGGGUCCUGAAGCCUAUUUACCUAUCGGAUAAAGGAUCUCAUUUUGGUUAUUUCUUAUCUACUACAGCAGACAUUUAUUGCCCCACACAGUUGGUUUCAUGAAUAUUAUGCAAACCAGAAAGGCAGUAAAGGACUAAGUGGAGAGUGAAGCUGGAAGGCAGUAAUGCAACGGGAAACGCACCUCAACCACACUUCGACCAGUUUCUAGCAGCUACCUGGGAGGACAUACAUAACAAAGGCUUCUUGACAGCUCUUCAGCUCAUUUCAAGAGAUGGGAAUCAUUGAUGAUAUUAAGGACACAUUGUCCAAGGCGGUGUUUUCCCCUUCUACUCUGUUAUCCGGCCGAGGCGGGCUGCACAUGGCUCAGAUCAUUCUGUCUGUGGUCACCUUUAUCCUGGCUGCCUUCAGAGGAGGGAGCAGCCAUACCUACUGGAACUAUGCUAUGUUCACCUGGGCCUUCUGCCCUAUCAUGACCCUCAUCAUCACCAUCAUUGAGAUGUUCAAGCUCGAUGUCAUACUAGAUUUGUUUUGCAUGAACUGGGCUGACUUCACCACGGGGAUGGCCAUGUCCUCUACGCUCAUGACCGUCUCUGUCGCCAUCACCUACGCCAACUUCUACGCCUGUCUGAAAUGCCCGUACGGCUGGAUUGUGAGCAUUUUUGCCAUCUUGUGUGGCCUCGUCUACACACUAGAAGUGGUGAAGGACAAAUUCCUGGAGAAGAAGAAAGCGAGUUACCUGGCUGCUCUGCCUGGAUUCUGGAAGGUUAUGGAGGCCUUUGUGAGCUGCAUCAUUUUUAUAUCACUGACUGGUUACAGAGACAAGCCAGCUCUGAUCUUGUGUGUCGUUGCAUACAUCAUUCCAUUUCCCAUCCUGCCUUUAAUCAUAGCCACCAACAUCCUCAAGAAACUGAAGAAAUGUUUGCCCUUUAACCUGGACAGGUUCGUGUUCAUAUUCCUGGUGAUCUCUGUUUUGCUGUAUAUAUUUGCUGCUAUUGUGUGGCCCAUUUUCAUGUUCAAGAACAACCCUCGGCCCAGUGAGUGUCCACCCAGCUUCUGUAUCUGGGCCAUACAGUUUAUGGUGACAUUUAUGACCUAUGUGAAUCUUAUUCUUUUCACACUGGACCUCAUUUUUACCCUGCUUGGUAUCUGUGGCUUUAAACAGACAUAGUGGUGACUGUCCUGUCAUGUUUUAAAAACCUCCAAACUUUCACUACACCCUUAAACAACAGGUCAGUAUGAGCCAUACAAGUAAAUGCUCAACAUUUUUUCCCAUUUCAUUAAAACAAAAACGUGUGUG